AUGAACAGCGCUCUGACAUCUAUCAAGCUGGUUCUGCUUGGUGAGGCUGCAGUAGGGAAAUCGUCCAUCGUUCUGAGGUUUGUUUCGAAUGAUUUUGCCGAAAAUAAAGAGCCCACUAUCGGAGCAGCGUUUUUGACGCAGAGGGUUAACAUGGGAGAUCACACUAUAAAGUUCGAGAUCUGGGACACUGCUGGUCAGGAGCGUUUCGCAUCGCUAGCCCCCAUGUACUACAGGAACGCCCAGGCUGCUCUGGUGGUAUAUGAUGUGACGAAGCCCCAGUCGUUUAUCAAGGCCCGCCACUGGGUUAAAGAGCUACGUGAGCAGGCAUCGAAAGACAUCAUCAUUGCCCUAGUCGGGAACAAGCUGGAUAUGGUAGAGACAGGCGCUGAGAGAAAGGUGGCGCUCGAGGAGGCAGAAAACUUAGCAUCACAAGAAGGACUGCUGUUCUUUGAGACAAGCGCUAAGACAGGAAGUAACGUCAAUGAAGUGUUUCUGGCUAUCGGCCAAAAGAUUCCACUGAAAUCAGCACAGCAACAGCAGCAGGGACAGGGCUCUUCGGGCCUGCGAAUCAACGACGAUUCAAGGGUGGACCUUCGGGCAGCGCAAGAUGGCCCUGCUCCCAGCAGCUGUAACUGCUAG